AUCUUUGAGGAUGAAAGCAUGAAACUACGACAACUGAAACUAGAGAAUCAGAGAGCUCUUUUAGAGAAGAAGCAGAGGAAGAAACGUCUUGAUCCUUUGAUGGUACAGCCAAAUCCUGAGGCAAAGCUGCAUAGGCCAAAGCCCAAAGGGUGUGAGGAGCAGACUCCUUUAGUAAAAACUCCUACCCCUAUCAACAGUGAUGUUAUUUUACAUGGUAUUGAUGGACCAGCUGCUUUCCUGAAAUCAGAAGUGCAAGAUUUGGGGACCAAGCUCCAAACGUUCUCUGCUGGAUCUUCUAAAACAGAAGACAAUGCGGAUCAGGAAAAUGAUAGAGAGGCCCUAACAGACACAGCAGGCAAGCCAGAUCUGCAAGAAAUCUUACAGAAACGAGGAAUUUCAGGCAGUUUGAAUUUUGAUGAGGAAGAUGCAGAAGAGGAAGAAGCUAGUAAGAGACCAGCUUCUCAUUCACCAUAUCCUGAAACUGAGAGGCCUAGCUCUGCAACCAGUGUGAAAUCUUUCACAGAAACAGGUGCUUCCUGUAGUCCAUCCCCUCCGGCAGAUGCCCAGCUGGGAGAAGUAGAGAACUUGGAGGAUUUUGCACUACAUCCUGCACCUCGUGGUGUUACAGUCAAGUGUCGAAUCACUAGAGACAAGAAGGGAAUGGACCGGGGCCUCUUCCCUACUUAUUACAUGCAUCUGGAAAGGGAUGACAACAGAAAGACAUUCCUUCUUGCAGGGCGAAAACGAAAAAAGAGCAAAACAUCCAAUUACCUUAUAUCAGUUGACCCAACUGAUUUAUCCCGGGAAGGGGAAAGCUUCAUUGGAAAACUCAGGUCAAACCUCAUGGGAACAAAAUUUACAGUCUAUGACCAUGGAGUUAGCCCCGUCAAGGCACAAGGUCUAGUGGAAAAGGCUCAUACAAGACAGGAGCUUGCAGCUAUUUGUUAUGAAACCAAUGUGUUAGGAUUCAAGGGUCCCAGAAAAAUGUCUGUGAUCAUUCCAGGAAUGAAUAUGAAUCAUAAGCGAAUUCCAAUACGUCCACGAAAUGAACAUGAGAGUCUGCUCUCAAAAUGGCAAAACAAAAAUUUGGAGAACCUCAUUGAAUUGCACAACAAGGCUCCAGUUUGGAAUGAUGAUACUCAAUCCUACGUUUUGAACUUCCAUGGGAGAGUCACUCAGGCCUCAGUGAAGAACUUCCAGAUUGUCCAUGACAAUGACCCUGACUACAUUGUGAUGCAGUUUGGUCGUGUAGCAGAAGAUGUAUUCACUCUGGACUAUAAUUAUCCUCUCUGUGCUCUUCAGGCCUUUGCUAUUGGACUCUCCAGUUUUGAUAGUAAAUUGGCCUGUGAAUGAGAGACAACAGGCUUGAAACUCACUCCCAUCCCUGCAUCUUGUUGAAAGAGUUCCAGGUGGAGUAAUGAAAAACACAUUGGGGAUGGAAGGGAACUGGAGGAGAGACUUCUGCAGGUUUAUUAGAAAGCAAAUACCAGGCCUCAGAGCAUUACAGGAGUUGACAUCUUAGGAGACUGUCCCAAGACUGGGCAGUCUCUGCAUGCAUUGUGGAAGAACAAGAAAUA